AAUUGUUUUGAGAAUAUGACGGCGUUGCUGUUUUUGGUUAGUUUGAGUGAGUAUGAUCAGAUGUUGUAUGAGGAUGAGAGUGUGAACCGCAUGCAAGAAGCGCUCACCCUCUUCGACUCGAUAUGCAACUCGCAAUGGUUCGUCAAAACAUCAAUCAUCCUAUUCCUAAACAAAAUCGACCUCUUCGCCGAAAAACUCCCGCGCUCACCAUUAGGCGACUACUUCCCAGACUACACAGGCGGAGACACCUACAACGCCGCAUGCGACUACCUCUUGCACUGCUUUGUCUCCCUCAAAAAGAGCGCGGCGACGAAGCAGAUUUAUGCGCAUUAUACGUGUGCUACGGUUACGCAGCAGAUUAAGUACGUGAAUUGGAUGAUAGUUGUGUUGAGUGCGAUUCAAGAUAUAUUACUUCAGCUCCAUUUGAGGGAAUGUGGGCUGCUGUAA